ACUAUAAAUGUUCAGAGCAGUGAGCUAACCAGCUUUCCAAAGCGAGACCACAGCAAGAAGACACUAAACAAUGAUGGAAAUAUCUAUAGUCAGUGUGGGAGCUACAUUCCUAGCUCUGCUACUGUUCGUGGUGCUGAAUGUGAUUUCUGGCCGGAGACACACAGAUGUUCAGGAAGAUCACAAGGGAAGAGCUGAAUCUAGACUUCUGUACCAGUUCCUUCCCCGCUCCCUCCCGGGCCCUCCCAGCUUCUUUCUCAUUGGCAAUAUGAUGGAGCUGACACACGAUCAUCUACCAAUUCACCUAACCAAUUUGGCACAACGCUAUGGAAAAAUUUAUCGCCUUAAAUGUGGAAACACAACUAUGGUAGUACUUAACAGCAGUGAAGUGAUAAGAGAAGCCCUGGUGAAGAAAUGGUCUGACUUUGCUGGGAGACCAAUUUCAUAUACAGGAAAUAUUGUAUCUGGGGGCGGUAGCAACAUCUCUCUCGGGGACUAUACUGAAACGUGGAGGGCACAACGUCGUCUUGUCCACAGUGCUUUACAGCGUAGCUGCCACAAGUCUUUGCAUGAUGUGAUUGAGAGACAGGCGCUGCAUCUGUUAAAGGUUUUGAUGGACUAUCGAGGCAGUGCUGUAGAUCUCUCAGAGGAUUUCACAGUGGCGGCCAGUAAUGUCAUCACCACUUUGGCUUUUGGAAAAGAAUAUGAUAAGAGUUCAUCAGAGCUACAGGAGUUGCACAACUGUCUUAAUGAGAUUGUCGCUCUGUGGGGCUCUUCUUGGAUUUCAGCCCUGGACUCCUUCCCACUGCUUAGAAAAUUACCCAACCCUGUGUUUGCCCAUCUUCUGAAAGAGGUGGUCAGAAGAGAUGAAAUCAUCAGAAGGCAUCUCAACAAUUACAAGUCACAGGACAAAAAAAAUGAGGACGCCAUCACAGAAUCCCUCCUCCAGGGACUUGACAGUCAUGACAGCACAGAACGUGAAGGGCUCCUAACAGAUGUUCAUGUUCACAUGACAACAGUGGACCUUCUCAUUGGGGGGACAGAGACAACUGCGGCCUGGCUGAACUGGAUGGUGGCCUUCCUCUUGCACAGACCAGAGGUACAGAACAGGGUAUAUGAGGAGCUGUGCACAGUAUUGAAUGGACAGUACCCCAAGUACAGUGACAGACACAGACUUCCUGUUCUGGGCUCUCUGAUCAAUGAGGUGCUCAGGCUCAGGCCAGUUGCCCCUUUGGCAGUACCUCACAGAGCCAUCAGAGACAGCAGCAUUGCAGGUUAUUUCAUCCCUAAGAACACAGUCAUCAUUCCUAAUCUUUUCGGAGCUCACCAUGAUCCUGCAGUUUGGCCUGAACCAUACAGCUUCAAACCAGAGCGCUUUCUGGAAGGAGGAGGCAGCGGCUCCACCCGUGCCCUGAUCCCUUUUGGAGGGGGGGCUCGGCUCUGCCUGGGAGAGUCUGUGGCCAAAAUGGAGCUUUUUCUCUUCACUGCCUACUUGCUGAGAGAUUUUCAGUUCUGCGUGCCUGAGAGCGAGGCCUCCCUGCCUGAUCUGAGAGGAGUUGCUAGUGUUGUGCUCAAAAUCAAAUCCUAUAAAGUUAUAGCACGACCACGACUUGUGACUACCUGAGCUGCCGUGGGUGCAUUGCUCACUCGUUGCUUAUGUUACAUAUGUGUGUACACAUUUGUGUUUCACAUAUUUGUAUUUUCUCUCCUUUUUCUUAUGUAUUCUAUAAUCUUUCUGUUGGAGGCGAUCCUACACUGUAUUAAUCACAGUUAUUUCAGGCAUCACUAAAUAAAAUGUCCACAGCAAGCAAUUUUUUUCUUCUGUGGCACU